AGGCACAUUGAAAAGCUUUCUCUCUUUUAUUCAAUUGCUUCGGUCGUCAGGAUUUUAAUCGUUCACUCCAGUACCCAAAUAAAUAACAUUUUUAAGUGAUCAAUUUACCUAUCUCACACAUACUUUCUUUACGAAUUAUAACAAUAAAGAUCACUAAUGCUUGCCACUCGUUUAUUACCCUGGGUCAUACGGACAUCGACCAUUGCUUGUGUUGCCAAAAUUAGUCCCAUUUUGGUCCAAACUAUUCCUUCAACAUUUGCUGUUUUUAAUAAUCAAACACAACAAUUCAGAAAUAUUAGCGAAGUUGCAUUACGUCGAACCAUGGAACAGCAUCAAGUUGUUAAAGAUGUCAUCGACACUGUACCAUUACAUGUGGCCGAGGUUAAAUUUAACUCGGGCGUCGAAAUGAAAUUGGGUAAUGAGCUGACACCGACUCAAGUACAGAAUGUGCCCGUAUCGGUUAAAUGGCCGGCUGAACCUGACACACUUUACACUGUUUGUAUGACCGAUCCUGAUGCUCCAAGUCGUCAACAACCUAAAUACCGCGAAUGGCAUCAUUGGCUGGUUGUCAAUGUACCGGGCAAUGAUAUUGGCAAAGGUGAAAUACUUUCAGAAUACGUUGGUUCAGGUCCACCGAAAGGUACUGGUUUGCAUCGUUAUGUAUUGGUUAUUUACAAACAACCGGGUAAAAUUACACCCGAUGAAAAGCGUUUGACAAAUCGAAGUGGGGAAGGACGUGCUAACUUCAAGAUUCGUGAAUUCGCCAAAAAAUACAAUUUAGGCGAACCGGUUGCUGGUAAUUUCUAUCAAGCUGAAUGGGAUGAUUAUGUACCGAAAUUGUAUGAACAAUUGAGUGGCGAAUAACUUCAAUAAUUUUUAAUCGAUUUACACGAUUUAUAAUGGUGGUGUGUUUACGUAAAAAUUUUAUUUUCUCGAUUGAACAAAAAUAUCGAUUAUUAAUUUACGAUUUUUUUUCCAAAAUAUUAAAUAUUAAACACAUAUUAAUUAAUGUUGA